AAUUUACACACUGCACUUUUUUACACACUGAAUUUACAACAAAGAAAAGUGGAACAUUUGUACUUUCUCUGUGCAGUUCAUGGCACUGCUGUUUUCUGCCCAGAAACAAGUGAUCUCAGCUCUGAUGAGCUUCUGAUUGGUUGUCUGGGUGUGAGGUUCAACUGGCUGUACUCUGUGUUUGAUGACCUGCGGUCAGUGCUGGAGUUUGCGGUCAAUCUGCGCUGUGAGACUGGACUUUGUCCCGCGGACAUUCACAACCACGGACAUUACUGCAGCAAAGCAAACACACGGGACACCGCACACACACACAUACAGCCUGCCGACACACUCGACCGGUGUUGUCUUAACCACUGGAGAUGUUCUGAAGAGCUAAAGGAGAGAAACUGCAGUCGCAGGACACCAAUGUACAACAACUACACCUGCAGCUACAACUCCAGCUGUGAUAUGUUGGAUUUCUGUGAGGAAGGAUUCUGCCAUUGUGAUUGGACAGUUAUAGACUGCAUCAGCUCCAACCAUCCAGUCCCAAAACAGGAUGGAGAUAACAAACCAAUCACAUCACAGACAGUCUCUCCCUUUGUGACGGAUAUACCUGAUAAUGACACCUAUACCAGUGAUGUGCUCAAUGGAACAGACAAGGUGGAGCUUUCUCCAUCAGACAUCGACAUGGAGAUCAUGUUCUAUGGAGUAAAUGGCACAAUGAAUGAGACUAUGAGCAACUUCACGAAUGAGUUGGUGAUGGUCAACAGCUCUCAGAGCAGCAAUAUCCAGAGCACAGAGUACCCUGGGAUAUAUCAUUCAGGUCCAGAGGAAGAAGAGAAUGAAGCAGAGGAGAGAGAGUUGGACAGAAACUCAGAGAAGGGAACUACAGUUGAGAAAAAGGGAGAGGAGCCAAUAGAAUUUGAGGAUGGGGUCUCCCAUGUUACUGCUGUGCUGCUGAUGACAGAAGAGUGGGGCAGAGACAAAGAGGAAAUCCUUACUACCCACAAUACAAUGGAGUGGAGCACAAAAAAUGAGCUGACUGUUAGCAUAGCGCUAACCACAAUAACAGAAUCACAGACUGUCACAGACUUAACAGAAUCAUACAGAAACACGCAUUCAAACACAAGCAGUCCUCAGUAUGCACCCCACACAACACCUCCAACAUACACACACACUCACACACAACCUGAACACCAUUCAUCUGAGGAGGACGACAAAGACACCUUUCAUUUAGCUGCAAGCAAACCUGUCAAACACACACCUGCACAUAGUACAUACACUGUAAAACCUGUUACACACACAUCUGGUUCACAUACUACAACUAAUUACUCAAAUGACAUUGCUAAACCGUAUGUCAGCCCACCUUUAGACAUCAUAACAGAGGAAAAAAGUGAUGAGUCAAUGGAGGAGAGAGAAGAGGCAAGAGAGAGUGACAGAGAAAUAGAAGAACAUUCAAUGCAAACCAGUCCUUAUAUAGUUCAGAUGACCACACCCACUAAAAUAACAACCAAUCAAAACUCACUUCACAAAACAACCCUGCCAACAGCUACCAAUAAAGACACAGUAGCUGCAACCACUUCUGUGCAACUUCCAUCUAUGAGAGGAAGCGAGGAGAAAGAGAUAUCGGUUGAAAAAAUGGAGAAAGAGAGCGAGGAAGAUAAAGAGACUGAGAGAGAGAGUGAUUUAAUAGUAAACCCACCAAACAACAGUCAAGAAAGCAGCACAGAAUAUGGCAAGAUAAGCACAACCAAACCGACAAUUCAAACACAAGCCAACACAAAGCCAUCUCUACCUACAGAGGACGCAAGUCACAAUAUAGAAAGCAAGGAAGAUCUACAAAGUGAUGAAGAGGAUGAAUCCGUCAAUAACCAAACCACUACAAUACCACCCAGGGUCAGCAAGGUCAGUCCGUACAUAUGGAUCAUUCCAGCACAGUUCCCUAAACCUCCCAUACACAGUGCAUCACCAAGACCAACAGCUCACCCCGCUGCAAAACCAACUAGGAACAUCAGGACCACAUCUACAGUUCCCCACAAGCCUGUCAGCACACGGACCACAACAUCAGGACAUGCUGCUGCUGAAACAGUUCCUCAUCCCCAGAAACCUCCCCGUCCCAUCCUGGAUCAGUUACCAUCAUUGACCACUACUGCUCAGCCGGAGUCUGCUGAGGAAGAGGAACAGGAGAACGAGGAAGAAAAAGAGCCAUCUGACAGCUCACAGGAAUCGGAGAAAAUGGAGUCUCACCAGGUCCGGAGACGGGCGGCGCCAUUCUUUUCCUGGUCUCUACUGGAGGCUGCUGGACUGUCAGACCUGCAGCAGCAAGAAGACUCUGAAGAGUGUAGCAUGUCUUUCCUCCAGUACAGUGCAUCUGGACAGGUGUUGAGGGACAUGUCUGCUUUGGGAGAAAUGCUGCACUGUCUGACAGGACGAUGUCCUCAAGAGUAUCAACACUAUGGCUGCUACUGUGGACAGCAGGGGACAGGAAACCCAGUAGACCAACUGGACCGGUGCUGUUUUCUGCAGCAGUGCUGUUUGGAACAGCUCAGUGUGCUGGGCUGCAGAAAAAACAGAAAACUCAACGCUCAAAUCAGCUGCCACAAAGGAAAGCCUCGAUGUUCAGGUGCGAGUGUGUGUGACCGGCUGCACUGCGUCUGCGAUCGCUCGACUGCCGAGUGUAUGGCGGCUUCACACUUCAACCAUUCAGUCACCUCCUCAUGUUCCGGGUCCCGCCCACCGUGCCUCCAUAAGCCUCAUUCUUCAACACAAUCAUCCAGUCAGGACUCUAGUGAGGAGAGCAAUGAAAUGACCCCAUCACGACCUCAACUGAACACACAAAACCAAUCAAACAUGCACGUUCAGCCAAAUACACCCAAGAACCCCACACACAGCAAACCACAACAGGGCAUCAAAGAGGAGGAGGAAGAGGAAGAAGAGGAGGAGCCAGGAAAGGAAAAAGAAGAAGAGGAGGAGGAAGAAAAAGAACAAGAAGAGGAAGAAGAAGAAUUGGAGCAGUAGGAGGAGGUGGUUCUAUAAUUUUUACAUUUUCAGGGAGCUCUCAAUGAUAAAGGAAUCGGUAAGAAAAGAUGUAAUGCACAUUUAACAAAAACUUAACUCACUUAGUAUGCAGUGGCUACAAAAGAUCAUCCAAAAUCUGCUGCUUCUUCUCUGCUUGUGUUUGAUCUGCUGAAAUACUGCUAGCAGUUGUAUUUUUAUUUUUUACUUUUUUUUUAAAAAAAACUUUUUUUUCAUAUUUUUACAUUUCUCAUUUUUUUUAUCCAAUUGUAACUGAUGUUUGUUUAAUUAAAAAUAAAGGCAUUUAUUGUUUAUGUAAAAAUUCCAUAUAUAAUAUGCUGAGGUUACAGAAGACUAUUUAAUAAGACUUUCUGAAUUUCUUUAAACCUAUAGAAAUGCUGGAGAGGUGGCAAGCGAUCUGGGUUCAAGUCCAACUCUAGUAAUUUCCCGAUCUCAUUGCCCUAUUAUCUGUCUGCUCCAGUAUUAUUUUAUUAUUAUUUAUAUAUACAGUGUACAGGAAAGUAUUCAGACCCCCUUAAAUUUUUCACUUUUUGUUAUAUUGUAGCCAUUUGC